UUGAAUCGGUCUGUCUCCAAAGUCAGCUGCUCCAGUCGCGUUUCUUAAAAUCCUUCAUUCAUCCAUCUCUUUAAAAAAAGUCAAAUUUCUGAAUUAGAAGCAUCAACACCUGACUCGUUGCUUUUCCCUGUGCACGCGCUCUGAGGAUGAUGAGGACUUGUUUUUGAAUCAACAGGACAAAAAGAUUGUCCGUCAAAAACUCAGCAGAUCUUCAGUUUCUUAUUUAUUUUCCAUUUUGAUAUAACUGGACUUUGCAGAAAUGCAGCAGCCUGAAACCCAGCAGGUGACCCAACCGACAGCUGCAGAACCCCUGGACCCUGCAGCUCAGUACCUGCGUCGGAGGAAGUCCGCUCUGUGGGUGACCAUAUCCCUGCUGGCUCUGUCUCUGGUGGUGCUGACGGUGGGCCUGAUCUCUGCCACCCGCACAGACAAUGUGCCUGUUGCUGGAUAUUACCCCGGGAUCACUCUCAGUUUCGGAGGGUUCCUCGGCAUCGUCGGCAUCCACCUGGUUGAAAACCGCAGACCUAUGCUCACGGCGUCGAUCAUAUUCAUCAGCAUCGGAGUGAUUGCGUCUUUCUUCUGUGCCAUCGUGGACGGUAUCAUCGCCUCAGAAUUCAUUGACACGAGGCUCUUGAUGGAGGACAUGUGUGACUUCUACACCAGUGGAUCGGGUUACGCCUUCGACAGCUACUACUCUGAGGUGACGUGCCGUGCAUCUGACAAAGCAUGCAAGCUCAAACUGAGGAGCAACACCUGCUACUGCUGUUACCUGUUCAACUGUCAGAGCACCGAGCACCACACUAAGUACUAUGAGUUCACUGGGGUCAACAGCUGCUGGGAUGUGAUCCACCUGUACCGCCUGCUCUGGGCCUCAGUGGUGCUCAACGUGAUCGGCUUGUUCCUCGGCAUCAUCACUGCAGCUAUACUCGGAGCGUACAAGGAUAUGCAGAAGCCGACUCCUCCGAUGGCCCCCAGCCCCACGCCAUCACCGCACAUUCUCUACAACCCCACUCAGCACAUGUUCGCCUACAAUGGCUACUGUCCUUCAGGCCAGACUCUGCCCGCCUAUCCCAACUAUCCAAUACCCAUGCAGCAUAACGGCAGCUAUCAGCAACCAGCUACUCCCCAGAUGAUCUCUAACGGCGGCCCUGCCUCGAACUCUGGCCUGUCUGACGAGAACCAGAGCCAGCAGCCUUCCAAUGGUCCCUCCCAGCCGCAGCCUCAGGGAGCCACCCAGGAACCAGGGGGCUACAUGCUGACACCAAACGCUCCUGUCCUCUAUGGGUCGUCCUACAGCCCCUUUGAGAAACCUCCACCGUACGCCUGCUGAGCCCUCAGACAAAAAACCUAGAGGGCAUGUUGGAGAAAAUUCAUCCUGCUUGGUUAGAUUGGAUGUAGCACAAGACAUUUCAAUGGUGACCAUGUAGACAGAAAACACCUUGAGCUUCAUGACUGUGUCUGAUGCUUCAUGUGGUUACACUGAGGAGAGACAGGUUUAUAAAUGUGUAGUAUAUUUAUAUAGAUGUGUUUAAGGCAAAAUGUUUGAGAAGUGAGGGACCUUUUGUCUGUGAAAUGAGAGGAUUGAUGCCACAACAUCUACAGGUUACGGAAACAAAUUACAGCAACAACCUCUCAAUCUAACACUUAAUCUCCUCUGGUAAUCUGUACAAAAGUGACGUGUUAAAACAAUUGCCAACAGACAGUGAGUUAAAUACAGGACUGCUCUUUGUAGCUGUGACCUGAUCACUCCACUUUUACACCCAGCAAUAAUUAAAAUGACCUCUUUCCCCUAAAACAAACUUCCUGUAAGCCUCAAGCUGCUCUUCAGAUACAUGUUAUGUGUGUAGUAGUAAAGUGAUCUGAUUGUUGUGUCUGUUUAACCUUGUGUAGAUUGGGUAACGGGUCUUCCAGUGUAUUUUCCUGCUAUACUAAGUAACGUACUGGCAAUUAAAAGGGCUUUAUUGAGAUGUGUGAAAUGUGGCGUUACAGAUGCUGAUAUUGAUGUUAUUGUUCUGUUCCUGUGAAUCAUUUAAUGUGCACUUUAAAGUCAAUAAACUGUAUAUAUUAUUGAUGACGCAUGUUAACUGCUGUGGGAUGCAGUUCUGUAGCUGCUGCUGUUGAAUACAUUAUGUAUUAAAGAUAACUGGAAGAGUUAUGUUCAUUCAC